AUGCUCUCACGUGUUGCUGCAGUCAUGGCACCCCGCACACACAACCGUCGCCGCGUGAUCGGAUCCAGCGGAAGGAUGAGGGAAGGAGGAGAGAGUGAGCCGCAGAGGUCCAACAUGUCCCGGCAUCUCUUCUACUCCGCGGUGCUGCUCCUCCUCGUCGUGAUGAUGUGCUGCAGCACUCGAUCUGCACACGCUGUGGAAAGUAAUUUGAGGGAUGCGCAGAUGCCGCAAUGGGUUGAUAUUUUUGUCUCGGGUAAGACGCAGGUGCUGGCAAAGGAUGGGACUGAAGCCGGAGUGAAGGAUUCGUUUGGCGCAGCCUCUCCUGUCAUUGCUGGCGGAGUGAUGGCUGUGGUUACUACCGGCAAUCUUUUACGUGAUCCUGUAAUAUUCCUUUCUCAAUCAGAUGUUCUUGCGGGUUAUUUCAACCCUGCGUGGGAUUGGUCGUUCCUUGUCGCUAAGGUCAGUGAGGAUACAUGGAGAGCACACACUGUGUUUGAUACAGCGAAUGAAACGGAACUUGUGGGUGUUGCGCGUCUUCCGACAACCAUUGGGAAGGGCAAUAAGGUGUAUCUCCUUUUGGGAAGCUAUGAAGAGAAGUAUGACAGCACCACUAAGAAGUGGACGACGGAUGGCAAGGAUAUCAAACUGAUUGUGGGUGAUGCCAGGCCGUCCACGGGCAGAAGGGAGAGUGGAACAUUCAUCUGGGGCGAUCCCACAUCGCUGUUACAACAGCCCACCCCAGAGAAUCAAACUGAAUUGAAGAAGCUUACUCCCUUUGGUGGCGCUGGUGUUCUGUUGGAGAAUGGCACUCUCGUGUUUUCUUUGUCGGGGACUAAUGAACAGCAUGGGCAUUCCAACAGGAUCAUUUAUUCGACGGACGACGGCGCAAACUGGGUGUUUCCGGCGGGUACGCCCCCUGCGGAAUGUGUUGGAAUCAGCAUCACCGAAUGGGAGAAUGGACAAAUUCUCAUGGUUACUGGAUGUACGAUUGGUCGCAAGGUGUACGAGUCGCGUGACAUGGGGACAACGUGGACGGAGGCUGUCGGGACACUCCCAGGCGUGUGGGUCAAUGCACGAUCAGGAACUCGUUGGGCUAUUGAUUUGUCUGUGGGAUCCCUCAUCACCGCGACCAUUGAGGAAGUGAAGGUGAUGCUGUACACUCAUAAAAGAUACCGCACUUUGGAGAAAAAGGAGAAGGCGCUCUACCUUUGGAUCACGGACAACAGCCGCUCGUUUUACCUUGGACCGAUUUAUGUGGAGAGUCUUUUGAGUGAGACAGUUUCCAACACCCUGCUGCACUCGGAUGGUGCGUUGUACAUUACAAGAUUAACGUAUACAAGAGCCGGCAGAGUCAUAUCCCUUGCCCGUCUGACGGAGGAGCUGAAGACGAUCAGGUCCACCCUCAGUACUUGGAAAAAGCUGGACGCCUCCUUCUCCGAGUCGUCCACACCCACGGCUGGUCUGGUUGGAUUUCUGUCCGAUGAGGCCAGUGGUGACACGUGGAUCGACGGUUACCGCUGCGUGAAUGCAAACGUGACGAGAGCAACGAAGGUCCACAAUGGUUUUAAAUUCACGGGGCCUGGAUCCAAGGCAACAUGGCCUGUGAACACCUGGGAGGAAAAUACUUACUACGGCUUUGUGAACCACGAUUUCACUGCUGUGGCGACGGUGGUCAUCCACCAGGUUCCGAAGGGGAGCACUCCUCUGCUGGGUGCGGGUCUGGGAGACGGUGCCGGCACGAGGUUCAUUGGGCUGUCGUACGAUGCGAACGGUAAGUGGGAGACAGUGUUCAACGGCACAACAACAGCAUCGGGCAGCACUUGGGAGCUGGGGAGAGAAUACCAGGUGGCGCUCAUGCUACAAGACGGCAACAAGAGCUCCGUGUACGUGGAUGGUGUGAGUGUGGGGAGUUCGGAGACGUUACCAACACCUGAGACGCGUGGUGCUGAAAUCACACAUUUCUACAUUGGGGGCGACGAGGGAGACAGCGACAGCAGUGUGACGGUGACGAACUUCUUUCUGUACAACCGCCCACUGAGUGACGAUGAACUAAAAAUGGUCAAGAAAAUUGACGGCUCCGUGCGUGGAGACGUGUCUCGGGUGCUCAUGCUGCUGCUGCUGGGGCUGUGCGGCAUUGCGGCCCUUUACUGA